GUCUCUCUCACUGUAUUUCAGCCGCUCCGUGUCCUCCAUUUCACUCCUCGCGCUUCGGCCGCUCGGUGCAGCUCGCGCUCCCGGUAUCAACACACAAUGCUGUCCGUUCGCGUCGCGGCCGCUCUGGCCCGCUCCCUGCCCCGCCGGGCUUCCUUUGUUUCCAAGAAUGUAGCUGCUGCUGCUUGUGUCGGUGCCAAGAACCUGCACACAGGAAAGCCAUGGCUGCAGAAGACAGGCACCGCCGAGGUUUCCAGCAUUCUGGAGGAGAAGAUUCUGGGAGCGGACACUGGUGCCGAUCUGGAGGAGACCGGACGUGUGCUGUCAAUCGGUGAUGGUAUUGCCCGUGUGUAUGGGCUGAGGAAUGUGCAGGCCGAGGAGAUGGUGGAAUUCUCAUCUGGGCUAAAGGGUAUGUCUCUGAACUUGGAGCCUGACAACGUUGGUGUUGUGGUGUUCGGUAACGACAAGCUGAUCAAGGAGGGAGAUAUUGUGAAGAGAACAGGAGCCAUUGUGGACGUGCCUGUCGGAGAGGAGCUGCUGGGCCGUGUUGUUGAUGCUCUGGGAAAUGCUAUUGAUGGCAAGGGUCCUCUGGGCUCCAAGCAGCGUAGGCGUGUUGGGCUGAAGGCUCCUGGCAUCAUCCCCCGUAUCUCUGUGAGGGAGCCCAUGCAGACUGGAAUCAAGGCUGUGGACAGUCUGGUGCCCAUUGGUCGUGGACAGCGAGAGCUGAUCAUUGGGGACAGACAGACUGGCAAAACCGCCAUUGCCAUUGACACAAUCAUUAACCAGAAGCGCUUCAAUGAUGGCACUGAUGAGAAGAAGAAGCUUUAUUGCAUCUAUGUUGCCAUCGGGCAGAAGCGUUCCACUGUGGCCCAGCUGGUCAAGAGGCUGACUGAUGCAGAUGCCAUGAAAUACACCAUUGUGGUGUCUGCAACAGCCUCCGAUGCCGCUCCCCUGCAGUACCUGGCCCCUUACUCUGGCUGCUCCAUGGGAGAGUAUUUCAGAGACAACGGCAAGCAUGCCCUUAUCAUCUAUGAUGACUUGUCCAAACAGGCUGUAGCCUACCGUCAGAUGUCCCUGCUGCUGCGUCGUCCCCCUGGUCGUGAGGCCUACCCUGGUGAUGUUUUCUACCUGCACUCCCGUCUGCUGGAGAGAGCUGCCAAGAUGAACGACAACUUCGGAGGCGGCUCCCUCACAGCCCUGCCUGUAAUCGAGACCCAGGCUGGAGAUGUGUCUGCUUACAUUCCUACCAAUGUCAUCUCCAUCACUGACGGACAGAUCUUCUUGGAGACUGAGCUGUUCUACAAGGGUAUCCGCCCAGCCAUCAAUGUCGGUCUGUCUGUGUCCCGUGUGGGCUCUGCUGCUCAGACUAGGGCCAUGAAGCAGGUUGCUGGUACGAUGAAGCUGGAGCUGGCCCAGUACCGUGAGGUCGCUGCCUUCGCUCAGUUCGGCUCUGAUCUGGAUGCCGCCACACAGCAGCUGCUUAACAGGGGUGUCCGACUCACAGAGCUUCUGAAACAAGGCCAGUAUGCUCCCAUGGCUAUUGAGGAGCAGGUCACAGUUAUCUAUGCUGGUGUGAGGGGCCACCUGGACAAAAUGGAGCCUAGCAAAAUCACAAAGUUUGAGAGAGCCUUCCUGCAACACAUUCUCAGCCAGCACCAAGACCUGCUCGCAACAAUUAGGGCUGAUGGCAAGAUCUCUGAAGCAGCAGAUGCCAAGCUGAAGGAAGUUGUGCUUAACUUCUUGUCUAGCUUUGAGUAAUGUUUCCCCCUUUUGCUCUUGUUUUGUCCAUGUUCGCUUAGUGCUCUGGGUAAAUUUAUACGAACGUCAAACUUCAAGUGGCACUUGAUCCUCAAUGUACAGAAAUCUCCUAACCGAGAAUAAAGUGUUCUACUACUCCA